AUGACAUCAGACAUCUACGUUAAACCCCCAUCUACAUUGAAAACUUUCACUAGGUCUGACCGAGUCCCUGCUAUCUUAACAGUUGCGGGAUCAGACCCCAGUGGUGGAGCUGGGAUCGAAGCCGACGUAAAAACAAUUACUGCACAUGGCUGCUACGCAAUGACGUGCAUUUCUGCUCUCACCAAUCAAACACCUAGGGCGGUCCAAUCAGUGCAACACAUUGACGGAGCUUUUAUAGCCCAGAUUUUGAACGGUCUUUUCACAGAUAUGAGAAUAGACGUAGUUAAAACUGGAAUGCUAACUGAUGUUGCGGUAGAAGAGCUAAUGCAUGCGAUUCAGACUCACAACUUCAAAGGUCAUAUGGUGGUCGAUCCAGUAAUGGUUGCGAGUAGCAAUGCCGAGCUUGCCGAUUAUACUAAAAUCAGAGCUGCCUCCGCCUUGUAUGGCAGAGCAACGCUGGUGACUCCAAACAUUGUUGAGGCAUUUAAAUUACUCGGAGAUGAGCCGACCCCCUUGGCUUCAGUAGAAAACAUGAAAGACCUCGCACGUCGUUUAAAAUCUAAAAUCCUUGUAAAGAACUUGUUACUCAAAGGUGGACAUGUACGUUGGCCGCGUGAUGACGGCUCUUAUUACGUCACUGACAUACUAUUGUGUGAAUCAGGUGAGAUAUUGGUCUACACCUCGGACUAUAUUGAAACAAAACACACUCACGGUACAGGAUGUACCCUAGCAUCCGCAAUAGCCGCUAAUCUCUCUAUUGGCUAUUCUCUAAAAGACUCAGUUCACCGGUCUAUAGAAUACGUGCAGCACUGUAUUAAACUACAGCCAAAGAUCAGCCCUACUUUCUACUCCGAGAAUGGACCUAUUAAUCACUGUUACGAACUUUAUUCUCCCAUUGGGGUGAAAUCUCUCUCAGAUGUUCAAUGCAAUGUUCUGGCAGACUCAGCAAUAACCCGCCCUAAAUACAAGACCCUGGAGGACCUACUGCAAGAUCCGCUAAUCAAACCCCACUGGGAAAGUUAUAUUCACCAUGAUUUCGUGAAUCGCAUUGUUAGUAACACUUUACCCGCGGAUCGGUUCUACUACUUUUUAUCUCAAGAUAAAGCGUAUCUCCUAUCUUACUCGCAGAUCGUGGCUGUUGCAUUUAGUAAAGCCCCGACAAUUCAAGAUAUGCAAGAUCAUUUAUUUACCAUUAAAGAAGUACUUGACGAGCUGAAUCAGCACGGAUUGAAAAUGAGGACUUUAUUUCCCGAAAAAGAAAAUGAACCGCCGAUCCAGCGUAACAACGCUUUUCACCAGUACAUUGGCUAUCUCCGAGAUAUUGCCAAAUAUGGUACUUGGGAACAGAUUUGUGUUUCGUUGAUGCCAUGUCUUUUCGGCUAUGGAUUUGCCGCCCAGUAUUUUAGCACCCCCGAAAAACUCGUAGUUCCGAAAAAAAGCUGUUACUAUUUAUGGAUUCAGUCCUAUAUCAGUGAUGAGUAUCAGGCUGGGAUAGACACAGGUCGCAAGCUCCUUGAACGUAUCCUAUCUGAAACACAAAACCAUGAUGUUUAUGUUCGUAUCUUCGCUGAUAUUUGUAAGCUCGAAGCACAAUUUUUUGAAGCCUGCAUGUAA